AUGAGAUUUCUAGCAGGCUAUCAGUCAGAUAGCGCAGUUUUAGUUAUAACUGCCGUUGACAGAAGUGAUAUUGAUGACACGGCUUGUGAUGAUGGUAUCGCCAUCAGUUGUGUUAAUUUGGACGAGGAAGUGAAGAAACUGUGCUUGUGUUACGAUGCUGAAAGUAGCAGCCAGCACAUUCGUUUGCGCCGCUUAUUCCAAGUAGCAUUCAGCUCUCUCUGUAAGCUUGUCGAUUUGGCAGACUUCGGAUCUUGUAAAAAGGUUAGCUACUAUCUAAAUCGAAUUUUGAUUGACUCACAGAUUUCUUUUUUCCGAAAAUUUGCGGGCUUUUUCCACGUUCGCAAUUCACGUAGGUAUGUGCGCACAUCAGCAGUAAUAGUUAGAUUAUAUUAA